AUGAACAAAACUGGAAAAGCCUGUUUAUUACUUAGUGACAUCAGCUUCGACAAGGUGGAAGAACUUUUCGUAACAAACAUUCUAACUUGUAUCCUUAACUUAUCGUUCGGUUUCGUAACAUUUGUGGCCAACUCUACAAUUCUUCUGGCGAUUAAAAACACCUGCGAUCUUCACACGCCAUCUUUCGUUCUUUUGGGUUCCUUGGCAGCCACGGAUCUUCUCGUUGGCCUCGUAUGUCAGCCGCUUUUUGUGGCGUUUAAGAUAGCCGAACUUGAAAGAAAUUUAAAUGCGUACUGUUGGUUAAGAUUGCUCCAGAGCAGAACGGCUUGGACUACAUCUGGCGUUUCUUUCUUGACAGUAGCCGCUGUUUCUGUUGACAGACUCCUCGCUCUAACUCUUCAUUUACGAUACGACACUUUAGUCACUGUUCCACGAGUACUUCAAGUCACUUUCCUUUUCUGGAUCUUGUCCAUGAUAUUAAACGUUGUUCUAACAUUUUGGAUGACCAAUGUAUGGCUUUUCUUCCCCAUGGUCAUCUUUUUUCUUACAUUUAUUGUCAUCACGAUAAGUACUUUGAAAAUUUUCCGGACUGUGCUUAGACACCAACGUCAGAUAAAUGACCAAAACGCUGCUGUCAGCCAUCUUCAAAACAACACCGUUAACGUACUGAAAUGUAGAAAAUCAGCAGUUACUGUGCUCUAUGUUUAUGGCUUGUUUGUGAUAUGCUUUGUCCCCUACAUUGCAACAAGCAUCAUAGAAGUACUUCUUGGAUCCACAACGAAAGUGCUCAUCGCUUAUGAUCUCUGUGAGACAGCUAUUUAUAUUAACUCCUUUUUAAAUCCAAUCGUGUACUGCUUGAGAAUAAGGAAGAUGCGACGAGCUGUGAAGAAUAUCCUAAAACGACAGUAG